AUGUCACAAAGCUUUAUGAAGUUGAAGACAGAGCGCCUGGUCUGUCAACUUUCGGUCCAAGAGGAGGGAGGGCGGGAGGUUCCAGAGCUUACGAGCAGCUCCAAGAUGCCUGUGGAUUUGGUGGCCAAGAUGAUUCAGGGUGAUGAGGAGGACGAGCAAAGUCCUGUGCUCUUAAAGACUUGGGACUUUGGAGGGCAACGCGAAUAUUACGUCAUGCAUCAUCUCUUCCUGACGAAUCGCGGUUUCUACAUCGUGGUCACCCGCCUGGACGCUUGGCGAACGGGUCCUACGGGUCCUUUGGACUCGGGCGACGUACUUCGGGACACCGACAGCGAGGACGGAGGGGCGUUCGAACCUCCGCUCGAUGCCCUGACCUUUUGGCUCUCCUCUAUCCACGUCCAUGCACCGGAUGCUCUGGUCUUUAUUGUGGGCAGCCAUGCUGACGUGGUGGCUUGUGGACACGAGGAGACCGAGGC